CAUGUGACGUUGCCGCAAACUCAGUCAGUCAGUCAGUCAACUCAGCACAACAUUCCCGUUUUAGUGCGUGUUUUGUGGGAUUAACAAAUAAGCAAUGCGCCACCCUACCUUUUAUACCCAUUAAAAGCCUUCUUGAGAUGGAAAAGAACUCCGUAGAAGAUGACUGCGUGGAUUCGGGAGCAGAAACUGCGGGACAUUAGUCAUACAUGGACCUCGCGAGUGGUCUGAUUACAGUCCCUUGCCAUCGACUAACUGCGACGUGUGGAUGGGUGACCUUCAGCGGGAUCCCUUCCUGGUGAGUGUGCACCUGAUCGCGGACCCAGGCGAGGGAGGCGUCCUCCAACGGGCAGCAGAUAGCAUGCUAGCAUGGCUUCACCCCGAGCUGCAGCUCUUCAGGGUGUCCGAACGCGCCGUAUUCGCCGAGUGCACCCGACCCAAACGUCACCACGGACACCAGGGGGCCGCCCCUCAACCGGCAUUGGCGGUCAUUUUAUUCCUCCAGGAGGGUGGCGGCGGUAGCGAAGAGCUGGGGCGCCCACCUUGGCGCUACCAUCACAGCGAGGAGGUGAGCGGAACACAAAGGUCCGAGGCGACGGUGUCCACGCAGGAUUUUUUCACCCUGGGGUCAGGAACCCCGGUGUGGGCCGUGAGAAGGGUGCGCUACGGUAAAGGGACGCUACGGUUGACGGUGUACUGCUGCCAUGACAACUACGCCCACACAGUGCGCUUGUACAAGCUCCUUCUUGGACGCCGCCUAGCCCACAAAAAACACGACUUCUGCUUCCUGGUUGUGUACUCCAACCCCCGCCUGGAGGUCCAGAUGGCCUUUCGAAGGUUGCCCAGGGGGAGGCGCCCGGCGCCACUGGACUCAGCUGUGGUAGAGGUGCGGGUACGAGACGUGGGAGCCCUGGUGCCACUCCUACCCAACGUAUGCAGGCCCAUUAGUGAUAUAAGGUGGCAGACACAAGACUACGACGGAAAUAAAAUACUGCUUCAGGUACAAGAUGCUCAGUGGAGCCGUCGCCAUCAUCACUAUCCUAAUCGGGCGCCCCCUCGCCACACGGUGCCCCGUCAUCAGGCAUCACUGCGCUCGCUCCCGCUAUGCAGUGAGGAAGACUUCUAUCCCGAAUGGUGUCUAUCUUCAGAGGGCCAGGGAACGGGUGGACGAUCUGACUCUCUCUUCUCCCUUCCCAACCUCAGCUCCUCCCCAGGACCUCCAGCCACCCCGCCUCGUGGGGACCGUCGUAGCCGCUCCCUUCAGCGGAGCGCCACACUCGUCCCUCCCUUCCGCCUCAACGUGGAUGCUCUAUUAGGCGCUGAGGAAACAGACGUGGACACGGGAACCACAUUCCAAACGGGCGGCGUGGACCUUAGCGUAGUGUCGGCGUACGUUCCCAAAGCAGGCACGCCAGUGUCGCGCAAUCCAGAAGAGGGGAACGACUCUCUGGAAUCCCUCAAUGGGGGCAAGCGUGAAAAAGGACACAAAGAGGAAAUUGUAGAGGAAUUUUACAUUUGAUGUAUCACACCAUGCUGCUUUUUGGGGCGCAAUUCCCUAUUCUGGGAAACAUGACUGUUGCUACAUUGUGUAAAUGGUUUUUUAAUUAUCUUCAUGUUUACAGCUAAUGUAAAAAAUAAAGCAGAACUUUUUUUCCAUUUUGUUACUUUGGUCUGAUAGAGAAAAACACAGUCAGACAUAUUCAGUCAUUCAUCUUCUGCGCCGUUUAUCCUCACGAACGUUGCGGGGUUGCUGGGGCCUAUCCCAGCUCUGGAGGCGAGGUUCAGCCUAAACUGGUUGCCAGCCAAUCGAAGGGCACACAUAGGCAAACAACCAUUCACGCGGGCACUACAGACACAAUCAGCAUACAAUAUCAUUUCUGGGGAAUGUGGGACAAAAUCAGAGUACCUGAAGAUUAAACCUUUCAUCUCAGAACUGUGAUGCGGAUGUGCUAGUACUCAGCUAUUGUGCCUACUAGGGGUGUGACAAAAUAUCGAAAUGGUAAUAUAUCGUGAUACUUCGUAUCCCAAAAGCAAGGGUGUAGGUUUGCAUAGGGAUGGUAGGGACAUAACACCA